GCAGAGCAGUACAACCAAGAUUACGUGUCGUCUACGGCACCAAAGGUUAAGGAGGUAGUAUAAAGAGAGAGGAGCGUAGGCUAUUCAUUUUACACGGCUUGCUUUAAGCCAUCGCACCCACAGCCGCCUCUCUAUCCAUUCUACUCCUCAAAUCCAAAACUUAUAAUUAACUCCAAAUUCCAUAGCCACACAACACAAACCAGUGUUAGUACGUACCGCCUGAUCAUCGAUGGAGAUGAACUAUACGACGUCGUUUUUCCCGGCUUUCAUCUCCUCCUCGUCGGCAGCGUACUCGGCGGAAGACUACGACCACCACCAACUUGCGGUGACUGCCGACGACGGCGGCGGAGGAGGAUUGAUGAUGGUGCCGUCGGAUCGGACAACGACGGAGGAGGAUCAGGCUCCACGUGGAUGCUCCGAUCUGGAUGAUCAUCAGUUUGGUGUUGCCGGGAAAGGCGAGGCAGAGAGGAAGGAAAUGGGCGGGGCUAUAAAGAAGAAGGGAGUACUCAUGAAUAAGAAGAAGACGAAGAAGCCCAAGUACGCGUUUCAAACGAGGAGCCACGUGGAUAUACUCGACGACGAGUAUCGGUGGAGGAAGUACGGCCAGAAAGCGGUCAAGAACAACAAGUUCCCCAGAAGUUACUACAGGUGCACGUACGGAGGAUGCAACUGUUGACGAACGAUGAAGGCGUAGUAGUGACAACCUAUGAAGGAAUACACUCUCACCCGAUUGCCAAGUCCAUGGACAACUUUGAGCACAUCUUGAACCAGAUGCAUCUCUUUACCGCUUCCAUUUAAAUUUAAAUUCUUAUAUAUUACUCACGCCAAUUAUCAAAUUUCAAAUGUCUUUGUAAAUUAAUCAAUAUCUUUCUUUACAUGCAAGUCUCUUUAUUCCCCUCUAAACUUCGAUUCCCAUGCUGCAAGGACUUUUGCUCUUCAUAAUUUUGGAUUGUUAUGCCUUAGCCAUUGGUAGCUUUUGAAAGCUCAAAUGAAAAGCAAACUGGCCAAUUUUAUUUGAAUGAAUGAAAUGACAAUAAAUAC